AUGUCACAACCUGAUAAAUAUAAAUACAGAGUUGAAAUUCAACAGAUGAUGUUUGUGCUGGGAGAAUCUAAUGAUCAACCGGUAGAAACAACAUCUAUAAUAGAAGAUAUUGUUAGAGGUCAAGUUAUUGAUAUUUUAAUGGAAUCUACUAAAUUAGCAGCUUUAAGAGGGACUAGAUCAAUAAUACCCGAAGACGUGAUAUUUUUGAUAAGGCAUGAUAAAGCUAAAGUGAAUAGACUUCGAACUUAUUUAUCCUGGAAAGAUGUUCGUAAGAAUGCAAAGGAUCAAGAAAGUGGUGGACCAGAAUCUUUGAUAGAAAAUGAUGCUGGAGCUGCCAAUGGUACCACAGGCAGUGUUCCCGGUGCAAGUGAUACCAGUAAAAUGUUAACAAAAUAUAAAAAGUCGAAAAUAAGGCUCCCAUGGGAAUUACAGUUCAUGUUUUCUGAACAACAUCUUGAAACUAGUGAAGAAGCUGAACAAGUCGAUGACGAUGAAAAGGCUGCUACUUUAGCAUCUUUGAAAAGAUUGAAAAUGGCUGAUGAUAGAACAAGAAAUAUGACAAAAGAAGAGUACGUUCAUUGGUCAGAAUGUAGACAAGCUUCAUUUACCUUUAGAAAAGCUAAAAGAUUCAGAGAAUGGGCUCAGAUAGGUCAAUUAUGCGAAUCAAGACCUCAUGAUGAUGUUAUUGAUAUCUUAGGGUUCCUAACUUUUGAGAUGGUUUGUUCAUUAACCGAAGAAGCCAUGGAGGUGAAGAAUCUCGAAGAGAAAGUAUUCCAAAAACUGCAUAAGAAUAUUGAAGAUACUUCAUUAACAAGAAAGAGGAAAUAUCUUUUCGAUAGACCAAGUAAUUUGGCUAGACCUAUCAUGCCAUAUCAUAUUGAAGAAGCUUGGAGAAGGUUACAAGCUCUCGAUUUCAAACACAAAGCCUUGAGAGGGUUUGGUGGAGGAAGAAUCAAAACUAAAUCUCAACUUAUCUAA